GCUCUGCCGCUUGUAAGUAUGAGAAGGACGGUCACUGGCCAAUUGCUGUUGCAUAAGCUGCCCUUGCGAUCAUUGAAAUAUCGAGCGCGUGCUCUCGAUAUUCAUCUAAAGUAGUGUUGAAUUUGUGCAACCUACGUCAUGCAAAAGACUAUCCUUCCCCUCGGUCUACUCGAUUUUAGCCUUGCUCAUGUCCAAUCAGUAAAGUGGGGAUGUCGUUCACGGAACUUGCACCAGGCGGUAGCCCUUGCGCCAUCUCCUGCGCCGUCUUUUGAGCCCGCUGAGGAAAAAAAUGUGUUUUCUGGGCGGCGCAGACGCCGCAGAACACCAGGGACUUUGACAACCAGGGACUCUGGAGAAUUGGACUCUUCCCCUAUGUUCAAGCUGCCCAAAAGUUUUGCAUCCCCAAUGUCCGAGCUCGAAAGGAGAGUCCUUGCGUUACAAACCACACAAGUGCCAUUGGAUGUCUUGCACUCCCAGUCGUUGGAGGCAACUCCGGGGUCAGAAGCAGCGCUUUUCCCUCGUUACACGGAUGAGGAGCUAUUGUCAAUGUAUGAAGACUUGCUGGAAAUACCACUCGCUCAACAACCCGUGGAGGUCGUGAAGCCUUCUGAAGAAGACAGAGAUACACAAGCUAUGAUUGAAGUGAGACAACGGGUCCACGUUUAUAUGCGCGAUGGAGACUUGGGCAGCGCGGAAAGUGCAAUAGAGUCUGUGAAGCUUUCCGGUAUCACACCGCCCGAAGACAUCAUCAAUAUGGUUCUUGGAUAUCACGCAUUGAAUGGAAAUAUAGAACGAUUUGAAAGAUUUAUGGCAGAUAUUUUAACCGGCAAACUUUCUGAGACUCAACGAGAUCUGCAUAUCAAGUCGUACCUGCGUGACCCGAGUGUCUUUGCGUCACGCGCAUUUCCCACUCGUGCGAUCGACCUUCUGCAUAAGUAUGAGGCUUCUGGGCUCCAUGCCCCAAUGAAGUCCUAUACGCGUAUUAUAUCCUCCCUAUUCUCCGUCCGCCCCUCUCCUUCAUCUCCUUCGAUAUCCUCAACACCGGACGUACCAUUGGGAAGACUGGCUGCACAUUCACAAGCUUGGGACCUUUUCGCGCACAUGCGCUACGUUGCGCACCCGACUCCAGAUGCCUAUCUCUACGCACUGAUGAUCCGCGCCUGUGCUUCAGCUCCCUUAUCUCCCGAACCUGAGCGUGCCCUAGACCUGUGGACUGAGAUGCUCGACGCGGGAAUUGUACCGACCAAAGGGGCAUAUGACGCGGUAAUCCGCGCUUGUGGGAAGGCUGGAGGAGAAUGGGUCCAUGAGGCCAUCAGGUUUGCGCGGCAAAUGCGCGACCGCUUUGGAGGUAGUUCUUCUACAGUUGGUGGUGAGGAUCUUCAAGGGAUCAGUGGGCCGCGUACUUGGACGGCUCUGCUGGACGGCUGUAAGCGUGUUGGUGAUCUGGGGCGUGCUAGAUGGAUCCUGGCAGAAGCUGUAAGAGCUGAGGGUCUAACUGAGGAGAUGAUGCAGCACAUGUUCCACGCUUAUGCCGCGUAUAGACCCCCAUUCAAAAGGGGUGCGACCAGGAUCGUGGACGACGGGGCGGUUAUAGCACCAGCUGCCCUCCCAGACCAAGGGGAACCGCUAGCAAGCGCCACUGAGGGCACAUCAGACUUGCCUUCAGUAUCUGCAGAUAUUUCUUCCGACUCUGAUGCAGUUCCGACCGAUUUACCGCGCAUGGAUACCGCGCCUUCAUUUUCACACCUCCCGCCCCAAUCACCAGGCGAGGUCAUCGCAGAGGCCAGGGCUCUCUUCGAUAGAAUUCUUCAUGAUACCAACCCUACCUCUCAUUCAUCAUCUAACAUGCCUCCCAGCCCCCUCGCUGGAAAAUUCAAUGUUACGCUUACACCACGCCUCCUUAAUGCGUACAUGUCCGUGUAUUACUCGCAUGCGAGUAUCGAAAGCGCGCGUGAUGUAUUUGAGAGGCUGUUUUCUUCUCGUGGCGUUGGCCUUAUGGGUGAUUCACGCACUUAUGUCGAUGCCCUCGAGAAGUGUGCACUUGCAAGGCCGCGUGAACGUGACAUUGCAGGAAAAUGGGUGGAAGAGCUAUGGAUGCGCUGGGAAGAGCUUGAGCGCCAAUGGAUCAAUGGGGUCGCAGAGACAACAAUGACUGCCAGGCUAGUAGAGAGAGCACAUACUGCUGUCAGAAGAGCUCAUCUCCUAAAUAAUAAUGUCGACCGUGCCAUUACACUAGUCCGCACGUUUAUGUUGCGGUAUCCUCCGACCGCGCUGCUGCCUCCAGCCCGCAGUCCAUCGUCUGCUCAUGUAGAUGCUCCCAGUCAAGAUGUCAUGAACAAACGUAGAAUUACCCUCUUUGCAAAACCACCCAUCCUCUCGACACGUACAGUUCUCAGUAAUCCAUCCGCUACGCCUCGUCCCCUCGUACGCCUUACAUCAGCCAUUGGUCCACCUGACGAACGUGUCCCACCUUUGCUAAGUUUCGCGGAUGUCGAAUUGCUGCAUGCCCGUUUAGUGGAACAGGGUAGGGGCAAAGAAGUAGGGUUUCUCAAGUGGGCGUGUAAGGCAUAUGAGGGAGCGCUGAGAACUCGUAGGGAAGCUGUCCUCGGAGCACAGGUCUCCGUGGGAGAGGAUGUCUGAUGAGGGGGGGAGCAGAUCAUGGUUUGUAUGUAAUUCUCACUGGUGCUCGAUCCUUGUUCCCAAAACUGUUGAUGU